CGCUCGCUAUCGUUAGUAAAUAAUUAAGAAAAUAGCAGAACAAGAGAUUCAUUAGUGGAAUACAAGAGAGCAUUCAAAGUAGCCUUUAAUAUCUUCUAUUCUAGAAAGAAAAACUGCUUCUUGUUUCACGGGGUUUUUUCAUUGAGUAUACGAUUUUUGAUUAUACCACUUUCGAGUAGUUUGAAACAAGUUGCCUACAUUUGUCGUGAACGCUCGCUGGCUUCAAUUCGAAAAAGAUAUAGUGGGCUAGUAAAUUUGCAAGGAUUAUUUCUAACUAUCUGUUCCUGUUUCUAUAACCACUUAAACCCCAUCCUCCUCAGCAACGAAAAAAGUCACCUAGAAUCCUCAUGACCUAAGAAACCAUUCUCAUUUAGUGCUGAUUCUUUUCUUUUCAAAAAAAAUUCUAUUGUAUUUCGAAAUCUGUUCAAUUCCUAUCUACUGUAAUCGGUGGCUGGCCAACUUCUCGUAUAUUCAAUUGUUUAAGACAAUGGGAUCCUUUUCUCAAAAAGAAUGGAAAGAAGAUGGAUAAAGUCGGGGCUCGGAUAGAUCGGCAUUUUAAGAAAAAGGUAUAAAUAAAGGUCCUUGGAAGCAUUCUACUCCAUAUUAAAUUGAAUUUGGCUAAUCAUUACUCCAUUGCUUUCCUUCAGUAUUUCUUCCCGAUUCUUCAACAUGGACGCUAUGAACAACACAAUUUCCUCUUCUACUUCUUCUUCUCUAGUAAACAAUGCUCCUUCCAAGCCCACUGUCACUAGCAGCAAUGCUUCUUGGUACCAACCCAAACCUCCUGCAAUGUGUGUCAUCGCCUAAUUUCCAUUGAUUUUUUCUUUUUGAUCAGAGCAGCUAUAUCCUACUGAAACGCCGUUUUAGUAUUUUUGUCCCAAUUUUUGAACUGCCUUUAAUGAACACUUAAUUCAAGGUUGAGCAUUUUUAUAUCUAUUAAUAAGAAUUUUUGAGCUGCC